CUUGCUUUGAAAACCUCACAAGUAGUUUCUUACUCUUCUUUGACUCAUUCUACCUAUUUCUUACUCUUUUGAUAAUUCAUUGAAGAUGGCUUCUCACACCCACUCUCAUGAUGGUGGCGUUAGCCAUUCUCAUGACCCCAUUGCUGAGCAUGGCCACUCGCAUGAGAUUCUCGAUGGCCCUGGCUCGUUUUUGGGCCGUGAGAUGCCCAUAAUUGAAGGGCGCGACUGGAAUGAGCGUGCAUUUACCGUUGGAAUUGGAGGGCCUGUUGGUUCUGGCAAGACUGCGCUCAUGCUUGCUCUAUGCUUGGCUCUUCGCGAGAAGUAUUCCAUCGCAGCAGUGACAAAUGAUAUCUUCACCAGGGAAGAUGCUGAAUUUUUGACGCGACAUGCUGCUCUGGAGCCGCCACGCAUUCGUGCUAUUGAGACGGGUGGAUGCCCGCACGCCGCAGUCCGAGAAGACAUCAGUGCCAACUUGGCCGCCUUGGAGGAUCUCCACAGCAAGUUCGCCACGGAUAUUCUACUUAUCGAAAGUGGCGGAGACAAUCUGGCAGCCAACUAUAGCCGUGAACUUGCAGACUUUAUCAUCUACGUAAUCGACGUCAGUGGUGGCGAUAAGAUCCCGCGGAAAGGUGGCCCAGGAAUCACGCAGAGUGACCUGCUGGUUGUCAAUAAGACGGACCUGGCCCACAUUGUGGGCGCGGACCUCGACGUCAUGGACCGCGAUGCUCGAAAAAUGCGUGAGGGUGGCCCAACUAUCUUCGCCGAGGUUAAGAACGGAAAGAAUGUCAACCAUAUUGUCGACCUCAUUCUGAGUGCCUGGAAGGGUAGUGGAGCGCAGGAGGUAUGCUUGCAAAGACAAAAGAAUCAAGCUGCAUAAGUGCUGUUCGAGCCUUGAGAGCUAUAAGAUUUCGACGGUAGAAUUAUUCUUCCCGCGUACGAAAAGUGCUUCUCUCUUAAAAACAUCGCCGCCACCAAUCUGGUCUCCUUCUCUCUCCAGAGUCUGGAUAUAUCGUUCAACUUUUCCAUCGAGAUAAUAUGAUUCUCAUGUGCGAAGAAAUCCAGUCCAAUAGAAGGCUGUGGCCUCAUAACCUGAGCCAAGGAAACAGCAAGGAGUAAAUGACGCUUAGAUGCUAGUGUGGAUGCAUUGGUUUGACAUAUGAGGUCGCAAAAUAUCAUUGAUCGUCUCUGCUCAGCUCUACAGAACAUGGAGAAAAGAGACGUCAAAACGCAUUCGUAAACCAAAAAGAGUUUAUCAUGACCAUCCGACUCCAGAAAAUGCAAUCU